AUGAAGAUCAAGACUACCGUUGUCACAAUGGCAAUGAUCUUGAGCGCAACGGGCAACCCGAUCGCUCAAGAUGCAGGCAAGCCUAUUGCUCGUGGUGUCACAGCCAGUAUUCCAGGAUAUGGCGGUCAUUCCUACCCGUCCCCACCACCACAUGAGACUACUUCUAGUGUCCUGAUGCCUACAUCUGUAUCUGUUCCUGUCACCAGCUACGGUACGACUACAAGUGCUCUGAGCUCUGAGACUCCUUCUGUCCCUAGCUCCAGCACUUAUGGCCCAAGUUAUUCUACCCAAAGUGCUACGACAUACACGACUACUCCAGUUACUGCUUCCUCUCCAGGUGGUCACCCAUCGUAAGUUUCCAUCCGAAAUUUUCAUCUGAUGUCCGGCCCUUUGCCUUUGCCGCUGACCUGAACCUAGAAGCUCAAGCUCAUCAGUAUCUGUCCCUAGUACAGAGAGUCACACCUACCCAAGCACCUUGGUUUCUGAGACGAGUUCCAUUAUCCAAUCUCCAAGCACAUGGUACUCGAUUACAAAUUCGAUUACCCCAAUUCCAAGCUCCAAGACCAAGACAAAGACACCUCACUCGAGCGCAUCGGUCACCCCAUCUUCAAGCUCCUCUCUUCCGACCCCAGCGUCAGAGAGUCCUAGUUCUCUUUCAAGCUCCUCUGUUGUGGUUCCAAGUUCCUCGGUCUCGCUCUCAAGCUCACAGAUUCCCACUCCUUAUUCCAGCUCUUCUGUUGUGGUUCCAAGCUCCUCUGUACUAAUCUCAAGCUCGGUUAGCUCAACUCCGGCUCCAACCUCAUCCAGUAUACUUUACUCGCAUAGCUCAACAGUCUUGCCCUCGUCGAGUACUGCUGUCCCAUCAAGCCCCACUGAGAUUUCUUCCUCCACAUACACAGACUCGUCGUCGACUGAUUCAAGUGUAGUGGUUUCCACGUAAGCUCUUUCAUUACAUCAUCAUAUCUUAUUGCUGCUAACCUAUCUAUAGUGCUACUGUUGUGCCAAUUCCACCUACAAGUUCGCAACCUUACGAAUCGAGUCCUUCCAAAUCAAGGUACGUUAGCCAAAGGAAUAAUCGCUAAACCGUUUUAUCGCUCUAUUACUUGCUCCUACUAAUACUUUGCAAUAGCAGCAUCAUUGUCUCAAAUACACCGGGAUUGCCAACCAGUGAUACCGCCAUUCCUACGAGUGAAAUUCCUUCGCCAAGCAGCUACCUUUCGAGCACACCUGGUCUUUCAAUAAAUGAACAAACCGUCCCCGUGACCAGUUCCUCUGCCAUCCCAACACCAAGCAGUUACGUUGCCUCAAGCACACCUAGUCUGCCAGGAAGUGUGACAAUCCUUCCCUCCUCAAGCAGCAGUAUCCCAGAGGUUCCAAGCCCAUCUACCCCUGCUGACAGCUACACUUCCACAACCGCCACCUCGAUACGAACUACCCCUUCUGCAGACUAUGAGCAACCACCAAGUGAGUACACUACCAACACUCUAACUAGUACAACAACCGGUACGAUUACAGUGACUCCAGUUCCUACGACAAGUCAGCCAGGUUCUGGAGGCAGCACUCCAACCUCAAGCGGAGAAAACUCAGGUGAAACAUCUCCCUCGGAAGUAUACACAGGAGUUCCGGAUUCAAGCACAACAUCAGAGACGACCACAUGCACCGAAUAUGAUACUACCACCAAGACUCAAACAGUUGCUCUUAACCCAAGUUACGGUCAUAGCUCUACUGAAGUUAGUACCACCACUACUGCUGCCAAUUCCGGUGAAACCGCGAGCGUUCCUGCUGGCUAUGGUUCUUCAUCGACAGCAGUUAACUCUGGCGAGACUGCUAGUUCCCCAGUUGUAUCUCCAUCUGCCACUGGGGUUUGCGAUUGCACACCAGUAACGAUCACUGUUACUGUGCCUGCGCCAUUAACCUCAGCAGUUUCACCACCUUUGGCAACUCCUCCACCGGUAGAGUCAACUCCACCAGCAUACACUAGCAUCCCACCGUCAAGCGACUUCAUUGGGACUCCAGUUUGUGGAGAUGGUAGCAAGCCUCCAUGCUCUUCGCCCUCUGCAUCAACUCCCUCCAUUCCGCAGGCUUCAUCCUACCCCUCACCACCACCAUCUUCCGCUCCCCAAGCACCAUCCUACACCAUUCCUCAACCACCUCUUUCUACUGGAGCUAAUAGCGGAGUCGGUACAACAAACCCAUACAACGGAACUGUUCCUUCACCAACAGGGCCACCAACCCCAUCCACCGUUCCUGUCAACUCCCUAGGAAAAACCAUGCCAAGUGUUCACCUGGCGCUCUUGGUCGUCCUCCUCUCCCUUCUUUUCUAG